AUGGGGAACUCCAACUCGGCCGCGCUCGAAAGCCCCUUGCAGGAGCCUCAAGGAUCCAUGAAAGCUCUCGACGGCAGCAGCAUCGCGGAACAACCGACAACUCUCCGCGUCAAAGCAUCGUCGCUUCGAACUCGCGCCACAGUGACGGACCUAGAGACCAACAGCACGAUCGGCCUCUUCAAGGGCAAAAUGUUCAGCUCCCGCGUCGUGUUGGAGACGCCCCAAGGGCAGAUCAUCGCUUCCAUCUCGAACAAAACAUUCUCCAGCAAGUACCGCGUGUUCCAAGGGGACGAGACCGACGAUCCGAGUUUCAUGAUCCAGGACGCCAGCGGCUUCUUCAAGACGAUGGUGCUGGUCGCUGAAUUCACCGACACAGAGACUGGAACUCCGUGUCGUGUGGUGGUCAGAGGGAGCCCCAGUACCAAAGUGGUGCUGUGCCACUUAGAGCGUGGGGGCCCCACUCUCUCGCAGCUUCAAAAGGGCAACGACUUUUUGGAGAACCAAGGCCGGUACCAGCGGGUGGGACGCAUUCGCAGGAAGAGCUACUUCGGAGGCGAUGACUACUUCAUCGAAGCAACUGCUGGUGUGGAUUUGACUGUGUUGUUACUGAUUUGGCACGUACGACACGUGCGUCUGGUGGCGGAACGCGCGAAUGCGUCCUCGUAG